UUUUCCUGUACUUUCUCUUCUUGGAUGGUUUCCAGUAGGUCAAAGGAGCAACUUCUGAAUUUCCCAGAAGAAAUUAUUACUUUGGUAAAUUAAAUAACCUUGAAAAUCGUCUUAUAUAUAUAUACACACACAAGUGUGAAGGGAUGAAACUAUAUUAAAUAUAAUAUUGAAUUAACGUCGCCAUGAAGUGCUUGAUCUUGGCCAUUUUGUUAAUUGUAAUUCUUGCAAAUGUUAAUGCUAUCAAAUUUCCUGGUAUCAGCACCUAUCAUGGAUACGGAGGAGGUUUAGGAGGAGGAGGAGGAGGAGGAGGAGGUUAUGGAGGAGGAGGGUAUGGGGGAUACGGAGGAUAUGGAGGAGGACAUAGUGGAUAUGGAGGUGGCAAAGUAAUUAAAAUUUUCGUUAGUGGUGGAAAAGGUGGAGGGCUUGGAGGUGGAUAUGGAGGAUACGGUGGCGGACGUGGGGGAUACGGAGGUGGAUAUGGAGGAUACGGAGGAGGACAAGGAGGAUACGGAGGUGGAUAUGGAGGAUACGGAGGAGGACAAGGAGGAUACGGAGGUGGUUAUGGAGGUGAAAAAAGUGGAGGAUUUGGAGGUGGAUACGGAGGCUUCGGUGGUGGAUACGGAGGAUUAGGAGGUGGUUUCGGAGGAUUCGGAGGUUUCGUAAAACAUGGAGGCUUUUAUAAACAUAAGGGUUAA